AUGUUGCUCGAAACUGUUCCUUCGGACAAGACAAUCCUCGGUCUUUCGGCACUGAGCGGCGUCUUGUUCCAUCAUGUAUAUGCCCGGAGGGUGGAAGUCGACUUUCUGGCCUUGCAGCUUGUCGGCGUAGCCAUCGCGUCAUGUCUUCUCUUGACAUGGUGGUUUGUCAAUACCUGGAAUCUGCCGCUUCUUGUCGCCCUUUCAAAGUUGGGGCUUUCUGUCUCGGCGUUCUUGGUCAGUCUUGCCAGCUCGAUACUUGUCUAUCGUGGAUUCUUCCACCGUUUGCGAAAUGUCCCUGGACCCUUUGCCGCUCGUUUCAGCGCAUUCUGGACAGUGAAACAAAGUUCUGGAGAGUACAAGUUCCAUAGGAAACUGAACACUUGGCAUAGUGAGCAUGGUGAUGUUGUCCGCAUUGGACCACGCAUGAUUACGGUCAACCGUGCCGAUGCAGUGACACCGCUCAUGGCCCUGGGAAAGGGUGUGUGGUGGUCACACCAGGGCAAUGACCACAGCAAGCUCAGCUUCUCCCUUUCGCGACUGUCAGACGACCACAAGCAGCGGAGACGACCUUGGGAGCAAGCAUUCAGCACCCCAACCAUGGACAAGUUUGAUGCUGAUAUACAGGAAAUCAUUGGCGAUUUUCUGCAAAAGUUGAAAGAACAAGGUACCCUCGACGUUCCUGCAGUAAUGGGGAGGCUCUCAUUUGACAUCAUGGCGCUUGUUGGCUUUGGAAACAAGUACGGAACCAUGGUCUCGGGUGUAUCUCACCCUGCUCUCGUCGCCAUGAGGAAAGCGCACUAUGCUUGGGCAGGUCUGCGGUGGGUGCCUUGGCUCAUGGGUCUACUCAGUGCUCUCCCAGGUGGUGGCAGUGACUUUGUCCCCUUUUUGGCUCUGUGCGCCGAAGUGGUCCGUGAGCGACAAAUUCAGCACAAGGCCGAUCGUGAGUCGGGCAAAAAGGAUUCGGAAACUCGCAAAGACGUCAUGUCCCACUUGCUGGACGCCAUGGAGGAAGGUGGACCCUCGGCGCCGCCGACUCAGGAGGCGAUGGACUCGGACAGCAGGGUCAUGAUUGCUGCCGGUGCCGACACUACACAGAGUGUGCUGGCAAACGCCAUCUGGUUCAUGACUGCGACGCCGUCUGCUCUUGUCAAAUUACAGCAGCUCCUAGAUAAGCUCUUCCCCGAUGGUCCAGAAUCCUUCAGUUAUGCGACCCUUAUUGGCAACAAAGAGACAAUCGAGUGGGUCGACGCCAUCAUCAAUGAAACGCUACGCGUACGCCCAGCAGGAAUAAGUGGCAACCCUCGUACGACGGGCCCCGAAGGUUUGAUUAUCCCAGAAUCCAAAUUUGGUCCGCAAAUCUGGAUUCCCGGAGACGUAGACGUGUUGGCUCCCACAUGGGUGCUUCACCGUGAUGAGCGCUUCUUUGAGCGGGCGGAAGAGUUCAUUCCAGAGAGAUGGAGCGCCGAUUCGAAAUUAAAAUGCGAAAAAGAGGCCUUUUUCCCUUUCAAUAUUGGCAAGCAUGCCUGCGUUGGCAAACCACUUGCCAUGCGCGAGGUGAGAAGCGUGGUUGCAAGAGUCGCUCUCGGCUUCGAUUUGAAGUUUCCACCCAACACAGACUGGCAUUCGUACGAAGCAACAAUCAUGGAUGCAUUUACCAUGGCCUUGCCCUCAUUCGAUGUAGUAUUCAACGAGAGGGUGAAAUGA